CUCGGUGAUUGCUCCGUUGACCGAUCAAACCGAGAAAUCCUCCCCAGCGGAGUGACAAAGCCGGCAGAGGACAAGGGCAUGGAGAGCGAAGGCAGCACGAGCCCCAAUGGCGGCGCCGGUGCCGCCUGCGCGGUCUGCGGCGGCGCGGCGGCCUUGUACUGUCCGGCGGACGCGGCGGCUCUCUGCGUGCCCUGCGACGCGGCUGUCCACUCCGCGAACCCUCUGGCCUCCCGCCACGACCGCGUGCCGCUGACGGCCGCCGUGGCGGCGACCUCCGGCGUGUACGACCUCUUCGUGGCUGACGACGAAGGCGGCUCGUCCUGGCCGACGCCGGGGCCGGGGCAGAGGCAGGGGAGCCCCAGCAGCGGCUCGUCCGGCUUCAGUAACGGCGGCGGCGUCGAGAUGAGCCUGUUUGACCUGCUCUCCGACGUCAAUCUCGUGGCCACCGGCGCCGGCGGAAGCGUGCCAUCGGACGGCGGUGUCGCGCCGUUGUGGCUGCAGCCCGGCCUCGCCGCGGACGCCUCUGCUGCGUGGACCCCCUCGUGGUCGCCGUCGGAGGCUGUCGUCGUCCCGUCGGCGGCGGACAGGGCGGAGAGGGUCAGGCGGUACCGCGAGAAGCGCAAGAACCGCAAGUUCCACAAGACCAUCCGCUACGCCUCCCGCAAGGCGUACGCCGAGGCGCGGCCCAGGAUCAAGGGCCGCUUCGUCAAACGCCCCGCGGCGGACGACAGCAUGAGCGCCGGCGAGGCGGCCAAAUUCUGGCUCUCCUUCUCCGACAACAGUGUAGGGUUUCAAGUUGCAUCCCAUGGAGUCGUGCCAAGCUUCUAGCAAUGGCGUCUGCCCAGCAAAGGAAAGAUGCCAGCGAUCGAAGUGCAGAUGCCAUGCUGCCAUCCUAUUGGCGCCAUGGUCUUCCUGUCGUGUCCGUGCUCCGGUCGUGCCGUCGUUGCGGUCAAUAUUCAUGGUAAAAACCCGCCAUCGAUAUUUUUAACUGAUGACGCGGGUUUUUCGGUCGAUGGGCGUAAUAUUAUGUCCAUCGGUGAACUAGGCGAUUAAUGUACUUCCUCGGUUUGUUGUUAGUUUUAUUAUGUGCUAAGAUGAAUAAAGAAUCAUGUUAAAUUCUUGUGGCCA